AUGGACGGAGCUGCGUACCUCGACGACUUUGCCUGCGCUGCAUCUGUGCAACAUCAGCACCCACCGUCUCAAGGCACUGACUGUGACAGUCAAGAAAACGGGACUGGCCGCUCUCGCGAAGGCUGUGGACCCACUGUCCAUCCCCGUGAACACGACGGGGACUACGAGCGUACCGAGGCCGAACGUUACCACCACGAACCUGACGACGAGAGCAAGGAUGGCGAUGUCGACUGCCUUCGUUGUCAAGACCUUGCCCGUGAAAGUACAAGCAACCGUGGCCGUGACCUCUUCGAUCUCCGCGAUAUAGACGACGGCAACGAGCGCGGCGUGGGCGAAUGUGACUUCGACAGCAAUAUUGAAAACCGUGACCCUGACGACGAUUCGGACCGCCAUCGCUUCAAGACGUUUCAAGACGACACCUGGGGCCGGAGGAGCAAUCGUGGCGGCGACGGCAACAAGCGUGAUAGGGCUGAAUGUGAUGUCAACAGUGAGCGUGGCGACGACAGCGAUUCCGACCGCGGACAUGUUGGCGACUUUGAAGGUGGGGUGUGUGAAGAAGACAGGGACUUUGCAGUCGACUCGUCUGGAUCGAGUGCGGAAGGGUCGUCUGUGAAGUGCCGGAGCAUUGGUGAUGCCCACGUGGAGAUGCAAAGUUUUGACGACUUCAAGUACACUUACCUCAGCAGCAGUACAAGCCCACAUGGUCCAAAGCCGAUGUAUCGUUGCACAAGCCAUACUGAGUGUCCUGUUCGCGUCCGCUUAGCCCCUCACGGCACUACCGUGUCUGUUGAAGUCAAAGGCCACCACAACUUGGAUGCCCCAGUGACUUCAUCGAGAACCAAGAUCCACCCUCGUUUCUUGCCUGAAAUUGACAACUUACUCCUUGGCGGUUCUGGGCCGUUAGCUGUCCUCACCUCACUGACAUUGGCGUACUCCAAGACUGCCGACUUGGGGCCAGAUUCGAAGCCGGCGGGUCACUGUCAUGCGAAGCAAUGCGGGGACGAAGUCUGUAUCUACCUUUGCUGCAUUUCGGUCGAAGACCAGAACAAGACACUUGUCCUGGACAUCUUCGAGCACAGCUUCAAAGACGCAGCUGGCUUGGACCAAAUGUCCCUGGGUCUCAUCGUGACGUCAAGGCGGGUCUUUUACAAUGUUGUUGCGUCAAUGGACGGACAAGGGACCGAUGUUGCAUCCUCCGCAGAUGGGACGUACAAGCUCCAUCACGGCCGUUGGACUUUAGUGGGAUUUGGUGGAAGGACAACGCACGUGGAGAGACAAACUGCGGCGCAUUCGUUUCGUCCUUGGGCGUACAUGUUUGUUCGAUCGGAAAGUGAAGUGAGCUACGUGAAGAUGUUCGAGGCUGUGAAGAAGUACGCCCGCGUGUUCUUUGGCCGUGACCUUCAACUUCGAUUUGGAAGCAUCGACCGUUGUGGUGCAAUCCUCAAUGCUUACCGCUUUGUCUGGCCCCAAGUCUCGGUGCUCACUUGUUGGCCACAUCUCGUGCGGCUCGCUGAAGAGAACAAGGCGAAACUUUCCCAACCUGCGUUCUUUGACGAAGUUAUCACACAUCAUUUGCGUUGGAUGCAUGAGUGCCGCUCAGCCCGCCAGCAUGCUAUUGUAUCCGGAGUUUUGCUUCGUGCGUGGAGUGACAUGGGCGAAGCGACUUACGCCAACUGGUUCAGGGCUUCGUACUUGCACAAGGACUGGUCCAAGUGGCGGAUCAAGAAAUGCGCUGGAAGGCAAAAGAUGGCUGUUACGUCAACUUUCCUCAGUUCAACUGUUCCAGCACUCCUAACGUCUGAAGCACUGGCGCAUGAAUUUACCCAGAGCCAUGUUCACGCCGCCUUACACCCCAUACCUGGAGAAGUAGUACUUGUUGCAGCUCAGCUGCUUGAAGACAACACCAACUACCAACCAGUAUGGCACCCAAGAGCAGAUGGACGAAGACUGCGCGGCAUCGUAUUCAACUCAAGCGAGUACAACGUUUGUUUUGGCAACGCCGACGCCCUGACCGUUACGACGUCACGAACCAAGACGUACAUGAAGUCCCUCCAAGGUCACAUUCCUCACGACGAGAAGGCGGUGAAUAUCAAGAUCAAGUACUUGUCGAUGUACUUCGUCGAAAUCAACGAGUCGAUCGAUAUUGAGCCCUGCAAUGAGAGUCCACUCCGGACCGAACAAGAGAUUAAGCUACUAGCGCAAAAGUACCGCUGUCAGUGCAAGGGAUAUUACCAGUCUGGCUGGUACUGCUCACAUGCACUCGCGCAGCAUCAGUGCCUCAAGGCGACUAUGACAUCAACAAGGCGAACGCUCAGAUCCCAGUGCGACGAAGCAGUGGACGUCCAAGGAAGAGUCGACACUGCUUGGAUGCUGAACGACCCGACCCAUGGACGAAGACUGCGCGGCAUCGUAUUCAACUCAAGCGAGUACAACGUUUGUUUUGGCAACGCCGACGCCCUGACCGUUACGACGUCACGAACCAAGACGUACAUGAAGUCCCUCCAAGGUCACAUUCCUCACGACGAGAAGGCGGUGAAUAUCAAGAUCAAGUACUUGUCGAUGUACUUCGUCGAAAUCAACGAGUCGAUCGAUAUUGAGCCCUGCAAUGAGAGUCCACUCCGGACCGAACAAGAGAUUAAGCUACUAGCGCAAAAGUACCGCUGUCAGUGCAAGGGAUAUUACCAGUCUGGCUGGUACUGCUCACAUGCACUCGCAGCGUCAGUGCUUCAAGGCGACUAUGACAUCACCAAGGCGAACGCUCAGAUCCCAGUGCGACGAAGCAGUGGACGUCCAAGGAAGAGUCGACACUGCUUGGAUGCUGAACGACCCGACCCGUUUUACUCACGAAAGCAGCUGAAGAAGCGACUUUUGGCAAAACCGGCAUUGUGUAUCAAGUGGAAUGUCGUCAACAGCUUCGAGUACGCUGAUGAAGUCGACGGCCGCACAGUCAACGAGCACUUAGCUGGUAAGAUCAUGAGUUGGUCCAACGAAAACGGGACCUACAUGUGGCGAGUACAGUUUGACGAUGGUGACUCGAUUCAUUACAAUAUCGAAGACUUGUCGACAAUGAUUGAAAUGUCUGCCACACUCGGUGUAUCGAUAGCAUGA